CUCAAUUUCCUUCCGUUUUCAUCCCCUUUCCUUCAUUCUUUAGCUCCCCACCCACCCAUAUCAUCUAAUUUCUUCAUCUUGUUCAAUGUGAUUCCAUGGAUGAUUUCUUGAGAUCCCCUUCGAUUAUCUGUAUUCAACCAGAUCUGUCAAUUGAGAUGGACGGUGGCUAAGAGUUUUGAGGCUUCCAAUUCUUCCAUGCGUUUCAUCUCAAAAUUCCUGUUUCUGCAGACUUUAAGGAGGAACGAUAUACUUUCUACCAAUCGGUAUAUCGCUGGAUGUUUUCCGAUUCAUUCUCUUGUACGCAAAUUCCUGUUUCUGUAGAAUUUAAGGAGGAACGAUAUACUUUCUACCAAUCGGUAUAUCGCUGGAUGUUUUCCGAUUCAUUCUCUUGUAAUUUUGCCUUCACUGUUUAGUUAUCAAGUUCACUUUCAUCUUGUUACAUAUCUGAAUCAGGUCCGGAACCAUAUAUUUUCAGGUAUUUUUCAAUUUUGAUAAAGAUUUCGGUUGAUUUAUGUCCAGAUAUUAUGUUUAGAUUUUGAUGUUUAGAUCUUGGCAUUGGGAGAAUAGAUGCAAAACAUUUUU